UAGGUGUUAGUGAAGGUCCCAACUGGAAUAACACUGAAUCAAUUUAUGCCUGGAUAAAGCAUUUUAAACGAAAUCCUGAUGUUCAACCAUCCAAGCUUGUGGAGUCCUUUGGUUCUAUUUUUCCUUUAAAAGUUGGUGGACCUGGAACUGGUAAAAGUCGGAUCCUCCAAGAACUUCCUGCAUUGCUGCAUAAUCAUGUUCAACAAUAUUCAUAUGAUAAUGAACUGAAGAAUGCAAUUUGUGAAAAUAAAAUGUUUGCCAUUAAUGUCACAUUUGGUAAUGGUAGUAAUGUUGACAUUAGAGAUACUAAAAUUGGAGGUCAAGCAUCAGUUGGGUUACGUAUACUUUAUGAGCAUUUCAUCUAUGGAAGUGAUAUUGAUUUUCACAAAUUCCAUCACCAAUGUUGUCAAUAUGCAAAUAUAGAGAAUUUUACAAUUCAUCAGGCAUUUGAAGUAAUUUUCAAGGAUAUCCACACUGACAUUGAAAUUGUGAUUCUUGGCAUUGAUGAAUUGAAUGCAUUACAUCAAGCAGAUCAAAGUUCUGAGAAGAUUUUAGUUCGUUCAAUUGUAAGAGCUGUUGGUGGAUUAAGUUGUAGCAGCAUGAAAAGAUUCUAUGUGCCUAUAUUGUCUGGAACAAUACAAGGGCCUCUUGAAGCUUUUAUCAGAGAAUCCACAUAUCUUUUUUUACGUUUACCACUCCGUCUUCUUAGUAAUGAUGAAAUGUUUGACAUUGGUGUAAAGAUUGGAGAAUCUGAACCACUUAUGGCAAAAUACAUAUCAAAUAACACCUUUUCAUGUUGCAUUAGUGACAUUGGUGGUCAGGUUCGAGCUCUUGAAAUUUUUUAUGAAAAAUUUUUGAAUAAAUUAAGGCAACCAUCCUAUGUAGAUUAUGUAGAUUUUGUAGAGAUAUUUCGUGAAGUUAAAUCAGAACUCUUAUCACAAUAUCCAUUUCAGGAUUUUGCAGUAGAUGCAACCCCAAUAAUGGCAUGUGCUAUUCUUAAUAUUCCAGUAGAAAGUACUGAUGCAAUUAACAUUGGAAAAUCCCAAAUAACUUAUCUUGAUCUUGCAUCAUUGGGUAUUUUAAAUUUGGAGCAAACUACUGAAAACAAAUUUUAUAUACGCAUGCCAUAUCUGUGGGUAUGGAUAUUGACAUCAUUCAGCAGUACAUGUAGAUUCUGGAAAGUUAUGAUACAACAGAAUUCACAUGUCUUCUGGGAAACUUUUGAAGAAUUUAAUGCACAGUUUUGGGCUCUGCGUCUCUGCCUUCUUUCAGCAUUGAACAAAAAAAUUACAUUAAAAGAACUGUUUGGAGGUGCAAUUGGUGUUGGUGAUGUUUCAGAAACUGUAAUUGACCUUGUUGAUCAAUCUACAGUGAAAAUGCAGUCACUGGAUUACAGAUACCCCCAUUCCAAGGAUGCUGAUUUGCAUGAAAAUUUGGGGAUUGUAUAUUGGAAUGGUGAUGGAGCAGAAUGGGAUGUAUUCUUCUUCUUAAAAUCUUGGAUUAUUAUUAUUCAAGCUAAAUCUUCAGAUCCUACAGCAAAACAACCUCAAACUAUAAAUAGAAAGAUGUUUGAUGAAGAGUAUGAUAAAUAUUUAGAAGGAAUAAAAAAAAUGUACAAUUUGAUUGGGAAAAAUUCUUCCAUUGCAAAUUCAGCCUUGCUUUUAUCCACAAAUGGUAGAAGUACAUCAAAUCUUUUAUCACAACCAUUAGAGUAUAAUAACUAUUUUGUGGUGGAUUGUAAUAAUUUCAGAGAUUUUUAUGGAUACACAUUUGCUAGUCGAGCUGAAUUUGCUGCAGCUAAUGAUCAAAUAGAUAUUAACAGUGCCCAAGAAUUUGAAAUUAGAACAAUCUGUGGUAUAGGACCAGAAAUUGCAAAAAUGAUCUGUAAGAAAAGAAAAGAGAGACCAUUUGAUGAUAUAGAAGACUUACUUUCCCGUGUACUCAUAAAAGGACGAGUAGCUUUAAAAAGAAUAAAAACAGGAAAAGU